GUCUUGUCGAGAGGAGAGGAGAGGAGGGGAGACCAGGAGUGGAACAAGAGGAAGAGGAAGGAAGGAAGCUAGGGUUAGCUAGCUGUGCAUGGAGGAGCCUGGCCCUGAGGAAGAGAAGGAGGAGGAGGAGGCGCGCUUCGACUUCCUCGAGUGGAUCGGCCCGGACACCUCCGCCGCCGUUUUCACCUUCCUAGACCACCCCGCUGAUCUCGCCCGCGCCUCCGCCGUCUCCCGUUCCUGGCGCCGAUUCGUUGUUCGGAAUGGCUUCAGCAAGAUCCAAUGCCUGCGCCUUUGCCCUGAAGCUUCAAACUUCACCCGUAUUAUUACCAAACAAGCCAUUGCCUCUGCUUCUGAGUCGGAUGCGGAGCACCAGCACAGGGCGUACAUGCAUCUCAGCUAUGCCCUUCUCUUGGAUGACCCCCAGGACUGCAUCAUCCGCUGCAUCGGUGCCUCCACCACCGACAAUUUCCCUGAGGAGACCAUACAAAACACCCUUGUGCCCACCGAUUGGGUGGCCAUGAUGAGGCCCUCUUAUUGGUCCAGCGCCGGCCACUUCGAUCCUGCUGUGCCCGAAUGCCUCUUUUACAGGCUUCGCUCCGAUCUAUGCCUCGUUCAACAAAUCAACAUACAGCCAUUCAGAGGUCAGCCCACCCAUCCUCCUUCCUUCUUUUUACUCCUCUUGCUAAAUACUAGUAUUACCUGUCUCUUGCACCCAGCUUUCUUCCAGUAUGGUGAUCCAAUAUACUCCGCAAAAUAUGUCCGCUUCCAGAUGGGUUACCCAAAGACACCUCUACCAUCUCAAUUACUUGUAUCUCAUGAUAAUGAAGGCCAGUUGGCUGCUGAUGACAACUAUAUCUGGACGUACACAUCUCCACAAUUUCCAAUGCUGCAGGAAAGUGUCCUUCAGUCUUUUAAGCUUCCACGCGCAGUUCUAUGCAUCGGUGGAGUUGUGAAGAUUGAGUUUCUUGGUAGGGUUCAGAAACAGGAAAUGGAUGAUCUAUAUUACAUAUGCAUAUCUCAUGUCCAAAUAGUGGGGAUUCCACUGCCGCGGGAACUAGGAGUAGAUCCUUACAAGAACGGUGUGGUCCUCAAGUACUAUCCAGAUACUCGCAGAUCUGGCGUGUGCCAUGGUGAGUCAUCAGGGGAUGAUGGUCGCAACAGCCCCUCUAAGUGGCGCAACUUUACCACAAGAAUCUUGCACUCAAGCUCAGCUCGACGAUUAGGAUGGAACCAGGCCAUCUUGAACAGGCUGUUUGGCGCGCAUGAUGCAUCUGAGGAAGAGGAGGAAGAGACUUAAGAGGAUAUAUAUGGAAAUUCAUUUUGUCCCAUGUGAUGUAUGCUCACUGUGUUUUUAAGAUCCUUUUCUCCUUUUUUUAACAAGAUGAGAAUGCACUGGUGCCUUGUAUGUAAGAGAUGCUGUGAGUGCAUCCUUGUUGAAUGCUACUAUAAUACAUGCUGUAUACAUGAACAAGGAUUAAUGAGCGGAGCAUAGAAUGGAGAAGAUGCUGCUACUCUACUGCAGUUCUGUUGCA